ACGCUCGGAGAGAGGAGACGAUGGCUUCCAUGGGGAUGCAGAUGGUGGGAUUCACCAUGGCCCUUUUGGGCUUGACAGGGGUGCUCGUUGCCUGUUUCACACACAUGUGGCGGGUCACUGCCUUCAUUGGCAGCAACAUAGUGACAGCCCAGGUCAUAUGGGAGGGCAUCUGGAUGACCUGUGUUGUCGAAAGUACGGGCCAGAUGCAGUGUGAUGAUUACGAUUCCAUGCUGGAUCUGAGCGCUGACGUGCGGGCGGCACAGGCUCUGAUGGUGGUUUCCAUAGUCGCAGGCAGUGCAGGGAUCCUCAUCGCUUUCGCUGGUGGAAAGUGCACCAACUUUAUUCCAGGGGAGAGAGCAAAGGCGAGGGUUUCAGUGACAGCAGGUGUAUUCCUGAUCAUCAGUGGAAUCCUCUGCCUUAUCCCUGUUUCAUGGACUGCCACCUUGGUCAUAACGGACUUCUACAACCCUUUCCUAAUAGACGCCCAGAAAAGAGAGCUUGGGACGUCUCUUUACAUCGGGUGGGUGGCCGGGGGACUGCUGGUCUUUGGAGGAGCGCUUCUGUGUGCCACCUGUCCCAGCAAAGAGGAUGAGACCCCCCCGGUGAAGUUCCUCCUAAACAAACAUGGGGGAUAUAUCAGAGAGGAUUCGGUCCGAUCUUUUACACCAAGCAAGACGUACAUUUGA